CUUGCUUUAUUCUGACCUCUCCCUCCCCCCAUACCUCCCUUCCAACCUCAUCCUGCCCCUUUCCCUUACAAUUUUCCUGGCUGCCCACUCUUCGGGGCGCUCUCUUUUCUCUCUGAACCCAAACACCAUUCCAGGCUCCCUAUAGUCCCUUCGAAAUCUGCUCGCGGCAUAAAAUCUUCCUAUAGAUUGCUAAGCAACCGUUGCCCCCAACCCUUGGACUUUCUAUUCUUCCUUGGCCCCAUCCAAUCAUUCCUUCUAGCUCACUCCUUCACUAUCACCGUCCCAGCAAUUAGAUUAUUCUCGGGGUCGAGCUACCGCUUUAUCUCCCCCAACAGAUUUCAUUCCCAUUCUACCGUCCGGCUAAGCCAACGGCAGUCCAAAGAAGACGGCUAUGGUAUCAAAACUCGGUUUCUGAUUCCGGACAUGACUGAUGAUAGCGGUCCGGCGUUUCGCGCUCCUCGCGCUCCGCUUGGGGAUGCAACAAAUCGAAUAAACAAUGCACCCUCUCCGACGAAGCCCAUCAAGUCUAGCCAUGCUCCGACCUCCCAAAUUGACCCCCUAGGAAUACACCCCACCAAGGUCCAACCCCGCCAAGAUAACCAGUCAAACCAAUCCAACCCACAUACGUCGGAACGUCCGCAAGAGGCCCAAGACGACGGUAAACGUAGGCCCAGCAUCAGGACCACGGGUCGUGCCUCCAGCGGCGGUCGCCGUAAAACCCACAUCGGCCCUUGGGAACUAGGCAAAUCUUUAGGCAACGGUUCCGCCGCGCGAGUGCGCCUAGUUCGUCAUACUGUCACAAGCGAGUUGGCCGCCGUCAAGAUCCUCUCUAAGAACCCCGACAUCUUAACACAUCCGGGAAGCAUAGCGCAACUCGACCAAUGGGACCGCACUCGAGAGGAGUACGGUUCAGAAAACCGCAUGCCAUUUGCCAUCGAACGGGAGGUUGCUAUCUUGAAACUAAUUGACCACCCGAACAUCGUAAAGCUGUACGAUAUCUGGGAAAACCGCUCAGAAAUUUAUCUCGUGCUCGAGUAUGUACAGCGCGGCGACCUUUACGGUUACCUUAGCCAACACGGCCCCCUCUCCGAGGUAGAGACCAUUUUCUACUUCCGACAGUUGCUUAGCGCCUUGGAAUACGUUCACUCGUUCAACCUCUGUCAUCGCGACCUUAAACCGGAGAACAUCCUUCUGACAGAGGAUGGUCGCGUCAAGGUGACCGACUUUGGUAUGUCUGCUCUGCACCAGGGACCAAAUCACAUGUUGAGAACUUCCUGUGGGAGUCCACACUAUGCUGCUCCUGAGAUCGUCAGUUCGGCAUCCUACAGAGGGGACAGGGUUGACAUAUGGAGCCUGGGGGUGAUAUUGUACGCUUGCCUGACCAAUUCCUUGCCAUUUUAUGAUAACGACAUGCAGCGGCUUCUUCACAAAGUCCAGAAAGGAGUGUAUCGCAUGCCGACGUUUACCCCUUACGAGCAGCAAGAUCUGAUCGCCCGGAUGUUGAAGGUGGAUCCAGAGGAGCGCAUUUCCACGCGCAAACUAUGGCUGCAUCCUUUGGUUCGUAAGUAUGAUCAUCUAGAUGAUUUUAACGACGGCGAGUGCACCCAGGAGUACAGGCAGAACGGCCGCUAUGACCCAGUUCGACCCGAUGAACUCGACAUGCAGACCUUGCGGCAGUUGAAAUCCGUUUGGCAUACGUUCACCGAACAGCAACUGGCGGGGAAAUUGACAAGCCCGGAGCGCAACGAUUUCAAAUUGUUCUACUGGCUUCUCUAUAACUACAGGGAAAAGAGGCUGGAAAAUUACGGUGGCGACAUAGCCUAUUCCGCCAGUGACUACCAUCACCUCCAACCCCUGAAUUGGAAGAAGAAAUACACAACACUAGAGUUCCAGGGCAAACCCGGGAAGAAUCCGCCACGGUUUACUGUCAUCUCGAAUGUUGCUACCAACGCAAACGGCGAGGCCCUGGAGACAGCAUCAACAGACGGCGGUGCCACUGUUAAGAGUUACGACCCGUACAAGUCCUCGCGCAUAAUGGAAGACGUGGUAGCUAGUCGCGCAAGGAUUGUGAUCCACCGCGAUGGUACCAAUUCUACACGAGGUUCAAGGCCCUCAAGCGCACGAAGCAGGUCGGCCCGAGCCAACUCGGAACACUCACGUCUCGGCAGAGGUGCUCGACAUCCGAAAGGUUCGACCGCACUUGGGGGCUCACGACGUUCCGUUAACUCAAUCAGAAGCGGCGAAGAAAUUUUAUAUAGGCGGCCGGCUUCGCGCCAAAGGAGAAAUAUCGAUUUCUCGCAUGUUCGGAAACGGUCAGCGGACCAGAGCGAAUCGGCAUGUCGCCCUACAAGCAUCGCGGGAGAUGAUACUACUUACGAUCGAGACCACACAUCUCCCACGAGCCCCGCCAGGAGAACCGAGCGGUCUAAUAUCUCUAGGAGAAGUCGCUCCGAGACGCAAUCCAUGACGGACGUGUCCAAAUCGCAGGAUGGAAGUCUGCAUUGGAACGAGGAGCUCCGCCACUUCAGUCGUAGCAUCGCGAAGGACUGCGACGACGCGUUUAAUAGCAGCUUGCUGAGCUUGGAAUCUUGUCUGGGUGAGAUCUCAUUCGAGUCACCGAUGUCAGAGGGCGCGGGGGCGCAUUCAACCGAUCCGAAUACUCUCAUGACCAGCGAACCGAACACUAAACGACGGCCCUGGGACACUCGGUCGCUACCGCCCCCGCCACCACACGAGAAUUCGGAUACAGAAAUGAUCGUGGCGGUCAAGGAGAGAACUGAGCGACCUAAGGGCGCCAUGGAUAAAACUCCCGCCCAGAUCAAUAAGCCGAUGUUCCCCGUAAACCAGCUAGGUCGACCCGAUAGGUCAUUAGAGAAGUCAGAAGCAGACCGUAGAGUCACAUCGGCGCCCAUCUAUUCGCAGUUUAGCACACAAUGGGGUAGGGACAAGAUUCCUCUGCCGCCUAUCGACGAGACGCCGAAGGAGGACGAUUGUCAGAGAGAUGACGACAGACGAGCCGUUUCUGCACCUAUUUCUGAGCCGUGGGUGGCUCGUCACACAAUGGCGGAAGAGCAUGACGGCUUAGAAUACCUUGCCCGACAUCAGAAAACGAUACGUCUCGUUACUUCCCCAUCUGAUCGACCCAGAAAACCCACGGUCCUGGAUCCUCACGCCGAUAAGAAAUUGCCCCGGGACGACCAACCGAAUUCCCAGGAUACGCAGGGGCCGAACAUCCGUCAGCAGUACUGGGACGGUGAGACAAAAGCAACAACGCCCCAGGAUCCCCCUAUAGUAUCCAAGGACGGUUCGUCGGGCUCCAUCAAAAAGAAGGGGUCAUGGUUCAGGCGUAGCUCCAAGGGUCAAGACGACAUGCCGAGAAGUGGCUCUAGCAAGAGCAACAUCGAUGGCCUAACCGCCGCAGAAACGAAUUCAUCUACAGGCUCGGUCAUCCCGCUGGCAAAGAAGAAGGGCUUCGGUUUCUCUUUCUGGCGUGGGGGGAAGGUAGAGCCUCAACUAAGGCUCUCGCUUGCAGAGUCCGAUUUCGACUUUCCAUCGAGCCUCGAGCCUGUCCGGGCGCCCGGGCGUCCCAAACCCCCACGGGCCGGGAGCACGCGGCCCGAUAAAGCUGCGGCCCGCAACAUCGAGCCUCAGCGGAACUGGCUGGCCCGCCUAUUCCGGGUCAAGCCGGCGACUCGGCAUUUUUGCUUCGUGAUAUCCCGACGUCGUGCGCGGCAAGAGAUUGCUAAUUUGUUCAGGGAGUGGAAGCGUUUUGGUGUGCAGGAUGUCGUGGUGGACAAAGAACGGAACCUCGUCUUUGCCCGAGUUGCUAAGGAGAACAGCCUAAAUCUGAAGGAAGCUUGUUUUGCGGCGGAGAUUAUGGCGGUCAUCGAACAUGGAAAGCGUAAUCGCCUCAGCAUCGCCCGAUUCACGCAGGAGCGCGGGGCGGCGAGCACAUUCAACAAGGUGAUGAACACGAUGGAGAGCAUCUUCGCGUCACGAGCUAUGCUUGUCACGGAGAAACGAAAAGUGAAGAUGAUGAUGAAGACACUCGACUCGUGACACUUCCCUGGGGGGGCAGUUGCGGCUACGCAGGGCGAGCGCGCACGUCUAGUCGCGUCGACUGGUUCAUAACCUGCACGACGACGGCGUGCGCAAGACC